AUGGGUGGUCUGAAGUUGACUUUUCGUCUCGGAAAUAGGAAAAACGUUCAAGGCGAGGAGGAAAGCAACGAUGGAUUCGGGCGAUGCGGACCCAACAACAAGGAGCGCGCACAUUGUGGAAGUUCCAGACCCGAAACCCAGGUUGCCAAGCUGAGAUCAAGCCCGGUGGAACAGAAAGCUAAGGACUAUCAUACGACUUCCACCAUGGCUUCCAUGAAAAAAAUUCCAGAAGCCUUUGUUAUGAAAGGGGUCCCUAAAGCGCUCAGCGCAGCGACACAAGCCGAAAGGCGGAACUUGCCUCUCAAAUCAGGCCGCGAAGUGAAAAUCACGCGGGAAACCCCGCUCAGUUUUGUUGCAGGGUUUCAGACUAAGGUAUCCCAAGACCCAAACUCCAAGAAGGACUCAACGAGGCACGCUUCAAGAUCUUCCCAGCAGACAUCUGCCGCGCAGAAAUACAUCGCCGCGAAAGAUGGAGGAACGACUUCAGGUAAAAGACGCCGGGACGCUGACGCAGCGAGCACCUUGAAGGAAAAAGUGUCCAACUUGGGAGAAGAAGUGGAUGAAAAGGUGUUGUCAGAUGACCGCAUUUUUGCUCGCGUUUUACGAACAAUUCCUUCGGCGUCACCACCAGAGAAAUCGACGUUGAAUGAUCUGAUCAAAGAGCUCCAGCUAGGAGACGAAAACAAUAUCUUUUCGACAGAGGGUACUGCUCCCGAAGUGAAGACCUCCUUCCAGUUGGAUUUCCUGACCCUCAGCGCAAAUGUGAGCGCAGGAAAGUACAUUGAUUGGGAUGGCUUCAUUUAUGACAUGGAGCGCAUCUUCCACAAUGCUCUUAUGCACAUUCCAGCUGCUUCGACUCAUAACAAGGUCGUGGCCCGUAUGUCAUUGAGGUCUAAGAUGUUGAUUGAACAGGCACGCAUGUCAGCAGGGAUCCUUGGUUCCAAGCACAUACAAGUUAAGCGCGAAGGUGAUGGAGUUUCUGACAUCGGAGGGAAAGGGGCUAUAAAAAUGAGAACAUUCGCUUCGAGAGUCACUGAUACAUUUCUUGAAGAAGAACAAGAAGAUAGGACAUUCGCACACGGCAUGACAAGGCAAGAAGUUGGUGGCAAUCGAGUUGAAGGCUCAACAAAAAGAAGGAAAUUUCCACACUUCAAGAGGUGUACGUUUAGCGAAGCUCGUUGCCCGAAGCAAAUAUCUGUUAUAUUGCCAGUGUCAGAGAGAUAUGCAUCCAGCAUACUCGCAUCAACGAAACUGGUUCACCCGACGAAUUUCUAUUUCCAAGCGCAACUACUUCCAGAGAGUUAUCGCGAGCAAAUGAAACGAUGGUGCCUGUCGACGAGAAAGCAUACAAACCAGGUGACAGCUGGCGUUUUAGAGGAGACAGUGGGCUACAUUUCCGAGUCAGUCCCGGAUAUUGUCCCGCCGAUUCCACCGAAGCUACCAACAUGUUCAAGACUCAAGAACUUGGCAGUGCACGGACGUGAAUCUCGUAUGAUUCCUACAGGAAAUCCCUCUGUUGCGAGCAUCGACGCCAAGGCUACUGCUGCGGAGAAUAAUGACACGUCAGUGCCACAUUUUGCUACCAUUGUCGAGACAACGUCUCAGGUAACUGCGUUAAGGCAUGCGGCUGUCAUAGCCGGAAGGAAAGCACAGGUGAUGGCAAAUAAAGCUGUAACGAUACUUUCGAAGGAUAAUGAUAAUCAAAUCCACGAGGCACGAGUCAACCCUCUGGUUACUAUUCUAAGCAAACUUAGUCUGACAUUCACAUCCAGAGCCGGAGGGCUCGAAGACAUAGUCCGGGCAAUUCACGCGAACUUGACGCAGCAGAUGCUAAGGAUGAAAAAAUGAGCUGCACCAGAACUGCACGCACCAAAGCAUUUGACUAUUUGUUUAGCAGGUUUGCUUCCAUGCGGACCGUCGUGUCACGAUGGAUUCUCGGCUUUGGAAAUGUUCCAUUGAGGCCAAUCGGAUGCAUCGCCUUCGAUUGAUGGUCCACAAUCACGGAAGUCGCGUUUCAUCUCGCAUGAAAGCUCUCUGGAGUACUUUAGGAGCACGGCCCUUUGGUGACCAAAUUUGCCCAAAGUUUGCGGCAAUUUCUGGGCUUGCCAAUCGUUGAGAUCCUCAAAAAAGUUACGCCUCGUGCGUAAUUUUCUGCAUCCGUGAUAUGAUCGAGCCGAACGCGCAGUUCCUUUGAGAGAUGGACGAAACGUCUCUGGUCGCGAACAUCUCUCCAAUUCAAGUGUUGUCAAAAUUGAUUUAGGAAUGGCGACUGGACUAUACGGCUUAUCCACCCACCAAUUCAUGAGUAAUGUUACCAGCAGCAAGGGUGCAGGUUUGAUAGUGUUGUUGCCGAUCACAAUAUGCUAAUAAAUUUACAUUGAUAGUGUGAUAAACCAGUAGAUAGAUAGAAUGUUAAGAGGGACCAAACUGCUAGAUGGGAGGGACCAAACUGCUGUGCGC